AUGUCCGACCCGGAGCCUUCGGCAGCGGCCUCAUCCUCGCCGUCCCUCCCGGCCACCGACUCCAGUGCUUUGACUUACGCCUUCCUGGUGCACUCCCAGAAAACCCUCACGCAGAACCUGCCACCACGCGUCGACAACAAGCUGCUCGCGCGCCAGAAGCGGCGUCGGACGAGCCCGGAAGACCAUGCCAUCUUAGAGGCCCAAUACCAGAUCAACCCGAAACCGGACAAGCUUGCUCGCACACAUAUCGUAAAUCGCGUCUCGCUCGGCGAGAAAGAGGUGCAGAUUUGGUUCCAAAAUCGCCGCCAGAACGACCGAAGGAAAUCCAAGCCUCUGCAGCCGCACGAGCUGCUCGCACCGCGUUCAAGUAUGUCCGACUCGUCGGGCCACCCAGCCAGCGAUGAUAACGCGUCUGCGGAACCUGGGUCCUCGAGCGGGGCAGAGCAAAUUGAGGUUCUGGACCGACCGGAGGAUUCUAGGCCGAAGUCCUGGGGUGGUGACCUGUUGCAGUUAUCGGAUGGGUCGGACCCGGUGAUGGGCGAGAAGGACGAGAUAGACCUGCCGCUGCCGAGCACGCAGACAAGUGUGGCGACAGAGGCCAUUGAAGAAACGCCGCCAACCACGCAAGAGGAGUUCUUUGGGGCUGACUCCCAGCCAAACCUGGAUGAUACAUUAGCAGAGGACGAGGCAUUGCUGCAAGCAACGAAGAGGAAACGGUCGGUGUCGGAUAUUCGGGGAGAGGCAGUGAGCGAGCAGCCCGCGGUGAUCACACAUACCACACCCGUGAAGUCACCACCGUCUCUGCGCCUGUCUCUAUCCUUUGAUGGCGAAGCCAUGGUGCGAAAGGAGGAUGAGAUGACACCGUCGCCGCCCAAGGGUCGGAACUCGCUGCGGAUCGCCAUGUCUUCGGAUGGCAAGGCCGUGAUCCGCGGAGAGAACGAACCUUCGCCCUCCAAGAACCGCGUGGCCAUGUUCUCCGUUCGCCGUCCCAAACUCUCCGGGCUUCGCCGUAGCAGCAGCGCUAUCUUUCCGGCCACGCCGCGGGCAGGCAUGACCGAGAAAGACCGAGUUUUUGGCCGCUCUCGCGACCCUCGAAACUGGGAAUCUUUUUUCGACACCGACGCACGAAGCGCUUUGUCGAGCCCGAUGUCCUCUCAGACCGCUCCCGUCUCUUCCCCCGGCCUCUUUCAAUCCCGCAGCCAGCGCUCUCUCACACGAAGCGCGUCGCAACGACACAGCAUGGUCUCCGUCCAUGCCGACGCAGCCAGCACACCCAUCUCCCAAUCCAUGAGCGAGAAGAGGCGAAAGCUCUCUCGUACAGUCUCUUCUCUGGGCAGGUUAGAGACCGAGCGUAACCGGGCGUCCCCCUACCAAUCAUCCAAACUGUCCAAGCACAUGACUUCCAAGUCCAACACACAGGACCUGGAGCUUGACCCCGGAGACUCCGACAAGGAGAAUUGGAUCCCAGGUACUCGGUCCACACAAGUCCGCCGGCGCACAACCUCACACGCCCCACGGCCCGUACUGCGCGAAGCCAACCGCAACCGCGGACUCAGCCUCAUGUCGGGCAGCAGGCGCAACCGGCAAUACCCCUCCGGCGGCCAGGGCAAAGCAGGACCAGACCUGAGUGCCGAAGUGUCAGCAUUCAUGACCAGCGGUGCUGGUGGCAGCCAAGAGGAUGACCUGGACUGUGUCCAGGGCCUCCUGUCCCUGAGUCAAGGGGCAUGGCGAUAA